CCAGGAAUUCGACAACGUCAUACGGCUACAUUUAUAGAUAAUAAAUUGUAUAUAUUGGGUGGUGCUCCAGAUUUAACAAACAUGAAUGUAGUUCCAUCACAUUUUGAUGCUACAGCUAUUAGAGGAGGACCUAACAAUAAAACCUUAUUUCUAUCUGGAAGCACAUCUCGUCCCGUUUAUGCAUUCAAUGCACAAAACAAUUCAUGGAGCAUUCCACUCAUAGCUGGAUAUGAUAACAUUAGAGCGAUAGGAGAAGUUAUUAAUUUCAAAGGAGAAUCAUAUAAAUUUG